AUGGCUGGAAUUCAUGGCGGCCAGAGGAAAAGAUGUCCGACCGCUGUUGGCGGCAUCCCGUUUCCAGCGCUGCCGGCGGUGAUGCUGCAGGCCGGGGUCCCUGCCCGGUCCCCGAAAGCCCGCGGCUUCUUCCUGCGCAUCAACCCCGACGGGAAGGUGGACGGCGUCCGCGAGAAGAGCGACCCGCACAUCAAGCUGCAGCUUCAGGCAGAGGAACGAGGAGUGGUGUCCAUCAAAGGUGUCAGUGCCAAUCGCUUCCUGGCCAUGAAGGAGGAUGGCAGAUUGCUGGCCUUGAAAUAUGCAACAGAAGAAUGUUUCUUUUUCGAGCGUUUGGAAUCCAAUAACUACAACACUUACCGGUCACGGAAAUACUCAGAUUGGUAUGUGGCACUGAAAAGAACUGGACAGUACAAACCUGGACCAAAAACUGGACCUGGACAAAAAGCUAUCCUUUUCCUUCCUAUGUCUGCUAAAAGCUGACUUCCAUGGCAGAUUCUGAGCAUC